UCAUGGGGCCCUGCUCAUGGGACUGCCCGCGUUGCUGGGUCUCCAGUGUCCUGGGGUUCAUCAGUCUCCUCCUGACCCCAGGUGUGUGCAGUGCUGUGGUCAAGAGUCCUGAGCCACAUGGGCCUGGAGUCAAGGAUUCUGGAGCUUACCCUCCUCUGGAGGGGAUCCGAGGAGGUGCUGUCUUGUUUCAUGUGACCAAGAAGCCAGGAGCAGCUCCAGAAGCUGACCUGGAGAAGGUGUUGUGGAACUUUGGCCCUGAUUCAGGCUACAUAAGAAUAUUAGAAGUCUCGAGGGACGACCAGUCUCCAAGGUGGGUCACCCAUGAGGAGAAAUUCACGCAGAGGGUCCAGGUGCUCAAUAUGACCUCCUUGAGGAUUGAAAAUCUGACCCUUGACCAUAGUGGGCAGUACCGCGCUGAUGUCACGUUAACUGGAGGAGCAGGAUUUGCUCAGAUUUUCCACCUAAUGGUGUAUGAGCCAGUGCCCCAUCCCCACAUCCAGGCUGGGUCACCAUUCAUCACAUCAGACUGGUGCAAUGUCACGCUGGAGUGCAAUGUCACUGUGGAGAGCAGGACUUCUGGGACCACACAAAAUCUGACUGUGACUUGGAAGAGCAGGGACCUGGAGCAGCGAGGGGCACCAGGGCCAGCCCUCAACUCCUGGACCCUGGCUGUGAGCCUGCCCCAAAGGCAGCCUAAUGCCAGCUUUACCUGUGUGGUCAGCAACCCCGUGGACCAGAAGGCUGCCACCAAAGACCUUAGGGACAUCUGUGCCCAAGGUUCAGGUGGACGGGACAUGGCUUGGCUGCGGCCAGGCAUCAUAGGGGCUACUGUGGUUUUGAUGCUAAUCCUGGGAUUAUACCUUUGGAAGACAUGUGGGAAGAAGAGGAAGAAGAAGUUGGAACCAGGAAGAGGUGCAGGAUUGCAGGAGGAGCACAAGACUGAGGCUGGUGACAUCCACUAUGCAGACCUGAUGGAGCAGGACCCUCAGGGCAUCAGUGAGGCCCAAGAAAAGGGGCCUCUCACUUCUGUUUAUAGUGAGAUCCGUAACCCAGGCCAGAUCAUCAAGAGGAAUUAAUUGGAGGAAGUGGGAGAAUCCGGCACCACCAAGACACUUGUGCUCUGAGCCUGAAACCUGCAGACACCAGCCUCUCCCAGCUCCAGUCCAGCUCCAGGUGUCUCUGGUCUGCGUUCCCCUGACUUGGCAGCCACACGCUCUGUGGGUGCUACAUUCUGUGACACCUCCUCAAAUUGCCCUCACAUUCAGGAUCCUCACACCUGCUGGGCAAGGGCUCUUCGUCUAUCCUUCACAAGGAUCCUGCACUUGUCCAAAAACUUUCUCAAGGGGACCCUGUCUGAUUGUGCAGGUGGCAAGUCCCUUCCACUUCUUUGUAUCACUAGUGUGUGUAAGACCACAAACAUGGGCCAGGUGCAGGGACUGUGCGGGGCAGUGGACUGUGCCAUGGAGGAGGGAGUGAGGACCUGAUUUCUGGGGACUGAGUUGGAGUCAAAAGUGGCAACAUGGUGAGACCUCCGAGGGGCUAUCCUGAGGCUUCCUUGCCUAUGUGUGCUGAGCAGUCUGUGCAUUUGGGGGACUGUCAGGGCAUAGUCCACAGCUUUACACAAGGUGCCUUCAUUUUUACCCAGGCUAUCUUGGACCUAAGCUUCCGCCUUAGUCCAUGGACCUGAACUUAUCUUCCUGUGGAAUUUCCAUUCUCCCCAGGAAUUUCCAUUUCCCCAGCCUUCUGUUUCUCAGAGAAUGAACGUAAGAGGCCAAAGUUGGAGGUUGUCUUAAGAGAAGCUCAGGUCUUCCCCUGGCCUGGGAUGGGAGCACUUGGUGGUAAGAGUGAUGCUCCGUGCUCCCCACCCUCCUUGGUGGGUGCUGCCUUGGGGUCUGACAGCCUAACUAUCAGAAGGUCUGAUAGCCGCAUACCUGUUGUUCUGUUGUUCUGCCGGCUGCAUUCCCUGUAUCAACGUCUUCUUUUCUCCCUGCAUCCCUGCACCUGAAAUGACAGUUUCCUCUCCCUGUUCCUCACCCUCACCCCCUGCCCGUUGAAAUGCUACUGUCCUGUCCAAAGUCCAAAGCCCCCUCCCAGGAUACAGUUCAGUGGAAAGCUGUCCUCUAAUACUGUGAGUGAAAUGCUCACCACUCCAGUUUCCUCCUCUGAGACUAGUUUCCCUUUUGAAGUCACUCAAGGCAAAUAUGACUCUGUGUUCACUCAAAGGCACUUCAAGUAGGACUCGAGUAAAGCAGAAAUGAGCAUCCAA